GCUCGGGGGAGGCCCGGGGCGGAGCCUAGAGUGAGUGGGCGCUGCGGGUCUGUGGGCUAAGGUCGUCUCAGGUGAGGAGGUCGCCCUGGAAGUGCCCUGGCUCUGGCGCCUGGGUAUCCUAAGGAGGCUACGGCGGAAUUGUUGUUAAGGGGGCGCUCCCUCCACCUUCCUUGCAGCAGCCAUGGCGAAAGGCAGAGUCGCCGAAAAAUCGCAGAAGGGGGCGCUCCACAAGACCCCGGCGAGAGACGGGACAACGGGGAUGGUGGGUCCCGCGGCGCUUGGUAGCGGAGACCACUUGAAGGAGAAAGCCUGGGCAGAAGCUGGGUCUGCAAGAAUGUCGCUCCUUAUAUUGGUGUCCAUUUUCUUAUCUGCAGCUUUUGUUAUGUUUUUGGUAUAUAAAAAUUUUCCUCAGCUCAGUGAAGAAGAAAGAGUGAAUAUGAAGGUUCCCAGAGAUAUGGAUGAUGCCAAGGCUCUAGGAAAAGUUUUAUCCAAAUAUAAGGACACCUUUUAUGUACAAGUACUUGUAGCUUAUUUUGCUACAUAUAUUUUCUUGCAAACAUUUGCUAUUCCAGGCUCUAUAUUUCUCAGUAUACUCUCAGGGUUUCUUUAUCCCUUUCCGCUAGCCUUAUUUCUUGUUUGUUUGUGUUCUGGACUUGGUGCCUCAUUCUGCUAUAUGCUUUCCUAUUUAGUUGGGAGACCUGUUGUAUACAAAUACUUAACAGAGAAAGCAGUGAAAUGGUCACAGCAGGUUGAACGUCAUAGAGAACAUCUCAUUAACUACAUUAUAUUUUUGAGAAUAACACCAUUUCUGCCUAAUUGGUUUAUUAAUAUUACAUCUCCUGUGAUAAACGUGCCAUUGAAAGUUUUUUUUAUUGGCACUUUUCUAGGUGUUGCACCUCCCUCUUUUGUAGCAAUUAAAGCAGGAACAACACUGUACCAGCUUACAACAGCAGGAGAAGCCGUUUCCUGGAACUCAGUAUUUGUUCUGAUGAUUUUGGCUGUUCUUUCCAUUCUGCCAGCCAUCUUCCAAAAAAAACUAAAGCAGAAAUUUGAGUAAAAAAAUCAUCUGGGUUUUAGUUUUCUUAUCAUCAUCAUCAUCAUCAUCAUCUCAGGAUUAGCAGGUGCAUCCAUUUAUGUUUUAAAAUCACCUAUUCAGUAAUUGAAACUAGGAAUUUAUAAAGUAAAAUUUCCUAUAAGACAUUUAAUAAUUUUUAAUUUUUAAUAAUGCAUUUAAUUGGCAAGGGAGAGAAGAAAGUAAAAAUGGAAAUUGAUGUACUAUGUAAAGUGCUGUCAGUAGAAAUGGUAAACAUCUAAAUUACUAUACAAAAUGUAGUUACGGACAAUUAGCAGCAUAGCAAAUUCUUGAGCCAACUGAUUUAUUCAACUUAAUUUAUUUCAUGAACUGGCCAUACAUACUUAACCAUGAUUUGAUAAUUUAAUGAUAUUUUUCUCUCUUAGCUCUCACUAAUAACUAAAAUAGAUAUACAAAAACAAAGACUCUAGAUUUUAACAAAUAUUUUUGUGGUUCUGGCUAAAAUCAGCCUUCUUUCAGAGCAUAAAUUUGAAAACUAAAGCCCAAAAGAGAUUUACAUGUUUCAUCCUCUUUCUGCCUUUGAGGUGAUAGAUUUGUUUAGAGCUUGUAGACCACUGAAUAUGGAAGGGAUAUCAAGUUAUUUCUAUUUUGUGAGUUUUAUUUUUGUUUUUUUGUUUUUUUUCUUUUCUAUAUUUUUAUCAUGGAUUAGUCUGAAAUUAACUUUCACAAUUUUUCCACUGUGCAUAUACAUAAUGAGGAUUAUAUGAUAACUGUGUCAUAUUUGGUGUUGAUAAUUUAUAUUCAGAUAAUAUUUUGUUACACAAUACUCCUUUAAUAUCUCAAAAGGGAAUCCAAAAGCACUUCAGCAUAUGCAGUCUUAGAUGUUAGGUUAAUUGUAUUACUUUAUAUUUUGAAACAGACACAUAGAGGUAAUAUAACUCUUAAGUGCUUAAAUAUAGCAGUUGUUUGGUCCAGUGAUUGUAAAAUUUAUCUCAUUUAUUUAUUAGUCUCGUCAUUAAGGUAUGUAUUAUAAAAUUAUUUUUAAGCAUGAUAGACGCAUAACGAUGUUGUAUUUUGUUUCUAUUGAUAGCCUUUUUUGUUUGGGGCUGCUUUUGAUUAAUGCAGUUUCCAUGUUCAGUAUUUUUACUUUCUCUAAUUCACAAAGCAAAUUAACUUCUCAUGUGGUAGCUACUAUAUUUAAAUAGUCCUGGAAAAAACUAAAGAGCCUUUUGCUGCUUAAUGGUAGGGCCCUUGAUUCCAUGAUUCUAGAACAAAGCUGAUGAGAGUUUUACCUUCAGUAAAGCUUCUCAUUAUGUUAAAAAGUACUUUAGCUGUGGGAGAAAUCCUCGUAUGUUUUUCUUGUUGCAAGUAUGAUCAUCCUGAAAGCCUGUUUCUGCUACAUAAUGUGGAUUGAUUUAUUCAUUAUUUUUCAAUCACAGUAUUAACAAAUGGAUUUAUUGUAAAUACAAAGAAAAUAUAUUGAUUAAUACACUAUUCUUAUGUUACCUGGCCUUUUGUGUGAAGUUAUUUAUUGUUAUUUCUAGCAAGGUUUUCUUCUUUUAUUAUUGACCAGAGACUGUCAUAAAAGUUUUUGUUAUUUUUAAAAAUGAAUCUACAACACCCUUUUUGGACAAAGUUAAAUAUUAUUGUGUAAAAUGUAAUUGAGUAAAUUUUUAUCAGACUUAAAAAAUAAAAAUAAGAGCUUGGACUCAG